GCAUCAUCAGUCAGGGCAACUGAUCAGAAUUACAACCAUCCACUAUUAUGUGCAGCAUGUAGGACAGAUGUGUCGAUUUUGAAUGCAGUUACAAUUUUGUGGCACCGGGUUUUUGAAGGUUGCUGGUUCGAGAUGGUCUGUUUCUAAUGUCACUAAGUUCUGGAGGAAGUGAACGAAAUAUGUCAGACCAGCUGCAAUGACGACAAUAUGAACUUGAGAAAAUCCAGAAGUGUCGGCGCGUCCUCUCCCUUGAAUGGAAUAGAUAAACAAGAUGCAGAGUCGAAGAGGAAAAAGAAGGUGGCUGAGAUCACCCAGGCGUUGAGUGUGACUCCGGUGGACGUGGCGGCCCUGCGGCGGAUGGCCAUCAGCGAAGGGGGUCUGCUCACAGACGAGAUCCGCUGCAAAGUAUGGCCCUGGCUCCUCAACGUGCACCUGGACAACAUCCCAGAGCAACUCGAGGAAGUGGACAGAGAGGAUAACAAGGACUACAACCAGGUGUUGCUGGAUGUCCAGCGAUCCCUUCGCCGAUUUCCCCCAGGUAUGCCUGAUGAGCAGAGGGAGGGGCUUCAGGAGGAAUUGAUUAACAUCAUCCUGCGUGUGCUUCUAAAGAACCCACAGCUGCACUACUACCAAGGUUACCAUGACAUCGUUGUCACCUUCCUGUUGGUCCUGGAAGAGCGGCUGGCCACAGCCCUGGUGGAGAAGCUCUCCACACACCACCUCAGGGAUUUCAUGGACCCUACUAUGGAUAACACUAAACACAUACUGAACUACUUGAUGCCAAUAAUAGACAGGGUCAAUCCUGAGGUGCACGACUUCAUGGAACAGGCGGAGGUGGGCACCAUAUUUGCUCUGAGCUGGCUCAUCACCUGGUUUGGUCACGUCUUGUCUGACUUCCGCCAUGUUGUGCGGUUGUACGACUUCUUCUUGGCCUGCCACCCUUUAAUGCCAAUAUAUUUUGCUGCUGUGAUUGUGCUGUACCGUGAGGAGGAGGUUCUGGACUGUGAGUGCGACAUGGCGUCUGUGCACCACCUGCUGUCCCAGAUCCCUCAGGACCUGCCCUACGAGAUCCUCAUCAGCCGCGCCGGAGACCUCUUCGUCCAAUUCCCGCCGUCUGAGCUGGCCCGCGAGGCCACCCUGCAACGCAGCCAACAGACGGCGUCCUCCACCUUUAAGGACUUUGAGCUGGCGUCCACUCAGCAGCGCCCGGACUCCGUGCUGAGGCGACGGCGGCGGGAGCAGCAGCAGCAGCAGCAGAGUGCGCCCGCCAUGGACGCCAAGCAGGGGGCGCUGGUGUCCGUGCGGCCCUCGGCCCGCCGCUUCGUCCGGCUGGCGGUCAUGGGCCUCACGGUGGCCCUCGGCGCCGCCGCCCUGGCCGUGGUGAACUCGGCUCUGGAGUGGGCCCCUAAGCUGGACUUACAGUUCUUUCCCUGAAAGGAGGCAAAAAGAACAGACAGAACAGAGCGGAUGGAUCGAGUGUCUAGAGGAUGGAUGGAUGGAUGGAUGGAUGGAUGAGAGGACUGAACAGCCCAUAGAAGUUCCACAGCACCAUUUUUGCCUGCCCUUAUGUUAUAAAAGACCAUCAUGAAUUAAUUUGAAGAGUAUGAAAGACAAAAAAAAAAAAAAAACACACAUUUCGUCUUUUUAUUUAUAUAUUUGUAAAUAUAUACCGUCUGCAAGUAUAGACAUGAUUAAUAUCAUGCUUACAGAGAUUAAAGAUGCGCUUUCUGUUUUUUGUUUUGUUUCGGUAUUAUUUACGGUGUCGUUUAACACCGUGGUCAUUUCUACAGCUCAGAAGUUGUUGGUAAAGACUGAAAUAGCUGGUGACAUGAGAGUUGGACAAAGGAGAGAGAUGAGAUAAUGAAGUGAAACUCGAGGGCUCGGGUCUAUCUGAGGAGGUACAGUAACUAUAAUGUCUUAUGGGAUGGUUUGCCAUAUGGUUCAGUGAUUGGGUCAUCUCCUAAUCUCAAAAUUCACCAUUCUCCAGUUGUAAGUUUAUAUCAUCAAAAACAUGUUGAAGUCAAGAAUCCCGAUUUCACUACACACAUAACACUAAUAUUCUGAGACCAAAAACAUUUCUGAGAGCAUUUUUUUCCUGUUUAAAUGCCAUCAUUUCGAAGUAACUUUACUUUUAUAUAUUUUGUACAGGUUAACCCCUGUAAUGGAUAAUGGAUAAAUAUGUAUGUAUAGGAAUGAUGAUUAAUGCUGAGCCUUGUUUUUGUUCUGUUAAGAUAAAACCAAUGAAUAUAGGAUUUGUCUGUUUCAAGCUGUUUGUAGGUAAAACACAGGGUAGUUUGGUUAAAUGCUUUUUUUGACACACCAUUUUCUUUUUCAGACAUCUGUAACAAACCUUGGUCUUACUAGAACACAGCUGAACAUUUUCAGCUUUGGUGUUUCAAAUACACACUCCUCACAGAAGUGACUUGAUGUAAUAGGUCUUUGAACAAGCUAGCCUGUUUUGAGUUAUUGGAACUUUGGAGUUUUUGACUAUUUUGUUGGUUUAUUUGCACUAAAACACACCUCAUGCUUCGCUCAUUGCACUAUGUGGCUUGCAGAGGAGUGGUACCUCUCAUAUUAACCACUGUCAUAGUUUAAUCCUUAAUAUAUGGACAAUAAAGUUGAUAUAAAAUGAAAACAAGCAAAGUAUAUAUAUAUAUAUAUAUAUUUGGAUGUCUAUAAUGUUAUUUCUGUAAAUGCCUGUGUGGAGUUUAUUGUAGAUAGUAACUUUACUGGUGCUGUGCUGGUUAUAAUGUAUGAAAUCUCAUAAAAACUACACAAGGGCUGAAAUGGAGGAUAUAGAGUUAAUAGAUGAUAUCAGUUAAGUUCACUAUAGCGGUGUAGUGCUUAACCAUUUAAAUAUUUUAAGACAAUGUUCUUUGACAUCUUUGGGAACUUUUUUGAUGCCAAUCAAAUCUGAAAGUCAAAGCAUUUCAUAACAAGAACAUCAGCACAUCAGAAAAAAUAUGUUCUUUAAUUUGUUUCUUCAAUUUUACAAAAAAAGUGCAAACAGCUGUCCUAAGAGAAGACAUUAUACAAUUAAAGGACAGUAUACAUUAGGUCACCUUUAGUAUUUGGUUGUAUGUUUUAGUUGUUGCAUGAAACAAAUGCUGUAUUCACUUCAAACUAAUUAAGGUAAUGGAAUAAGAAGCAUAACUAAAUUCUAACUUCUACUGCCAUUUUGUGGUCAUUUCCAGGUUUUGUGGCCCUUAGUAUGGAAAUAAAUACCCAGAAAAUCUUAGAUGAUCAGGAACUGUUUUCUUUCCUUCAUAUGAGUCUGAAUGUUUGUGAUAAGCCAUUGCUGCCACACUGAAAUAUACUUGUACCAUCUGUAUGCACUUGAAUUGAAGUAUACUUGGAUGUUCUUUCCCAAUUGUUCAAUUUCAGUUUCCUGUUUGAAUUCACUGCUUCAGGGCCUGGUUGUUUACACUUUAAAACACCUUUAAGAUGUAUUUCUCCUUUUGGGAGAAAGAAGAGUUAUCUUAAAGUAACGUAAUAUAGGAAUUCCCUUUUUUGUUUGUUUUAGAUGUUUACUGCUAAGGGGGUAAUCAACUAACAACAAACGAAAAGGGUCAUGCCCCUACCCGCACAAUGUUACAACAACGUUACACAGCACAAUACCAUUCUUCUGCACACUGGCAUUAUCAGAAACUCCUUAUUGUAAGUCAGUGAGGCAAUAAAAUUAGUUUGAAGCCAUUACCUUAAGGCAAAAUAAAAUUCAUUGUGUUGCUUUAAAGACAAAGCACACAAAACACCAUCCCAGCCCUGAUCCAGAUGAUCUUUGUUCACAUUACAUGAUCACUUGGCAAAGUUGCCAGUUUAUGUGUUCAUAUUGGCAAAAAUCACCGAACCAUCAGUCCAGAUGUCAGUUUGGGUCCGGACCAAAUGGUCUAGUGUGAAUGUGCCCUAAGAGUCUAUCUUAUUUACAUUUCACAGGAUUAAACUGAUAGAGCAA